CCUUUUAUUUGGAUCCUUAUAUAUUUUCUGUUUCAUAGAUUUGUUUUUCGUUCCCAUUAUGACUCAGAUCUGCUAUUACGGUUCUGAGAUUUUGAAUCCCCUUCCUUGCCUGUUUGCUUCUCGCUUAAUGGGGUUUUUCGAUCUGUAUGCGCCGCUUUCCUUUUGUUCCUUGUCUGUUUGGCUGAUGGGAAAAUGUAGGAAUCAUGACGAAUUUCAGAUCGUGAACUUUCCGCUUUUUGCUGAUUAAAUCGAGGGACUUUCGUUUUUGUGCCGUGAGAAUGGUAAAUCUUGAGCGGUUUGACCCGUUCUCAUGGACGAUGAUGCCUUGAACAUGCGCAAUUGGGGUUAUUAUGAACCCUUCAAGGGGGGGCAUCUGGGUCUCCAGCUCAUGUCUAGUAUGACAGAACGAGACACCAAGCCAUUUAUGCCAGGCCGUGAUCCUACCAUGCUAGUCAAUCCAAAUGGAAGCUUCCACCCUCGGGACUGUGUUGUUUCAGAAGCCUCAAUUCCAAUUAACUAUGUUAGAGACAGUUGGAUCAGCCAGAGAGACAGGUUUCUCAAUAUGCUGCCCACAAAUCCUAAUUAUGCCGUUCUUCCGGAAACAUCAGGAGCUCCUUCUUUGCAAAUUAUACAGCCACCUGAGACAUCAAGAGAUGAUAGGGUGAACCAAGUUGAAGAGCCUCCUGUUAAAAAGGAAGUCGGCCAAUUGAAGAAAAGGCAGAAUGGGGGUGCUCCAAAGACUCCAAAAGCGAAAAAACCAAGGAAGCCAAAGGAUAAUAGCAAUGCUUUGGUUCAACGUGAGAAGCCAGCAAGGAAGGCUAUGGAGGUUGUGAUAAAUGGAAUCGAUAUGGACAUUUCUGGUCUACCCAUUCCUGUUUGCUCGUGUACUGGGGCUCCUCAGCAGUGUUAUCGAUGGGGCUGUGGUGGUUGGCAAUCAGCUUGUUGUACCACAAAUGUGUCAAUGUAUCCCUUGCCAAUGAGCACUAAAAGGCGCGGUGCAAGGAUAGCUGGACGGAAAAUGAGUCAAGGUGCUUUUAAGAAGGUUUUGGAAAAACUUGCAGCUGAAGGAUAUAAUUUUGCUAAUCCCAUUGAUCUGAGGACUCACUGGGCUAGGCAUGGCACCAACAAGUUUGUCACUAUCAGAUGAAGAGGUGCUGCUGGGACACAUCACACAAGGCAUUUGCUCUGUUUCAGUUGUACAUACACUUGUGUGACCUUUCACACAGAUGUUGAGUACUUCGGUAUCCGUGAAUUUUCAUUUGCCGUCCUUCUACCUUAAAUUUGGACAUGGGUUCUUUUGUUCCUUUCUUCUCUCGGCUUAUGUGAUAAGGGAUGCCAGGGUCAUAUGGCACUGGGAUUUAUGUGGAUGAGUUACUACUAGAUAGACUAUUUUUUGGAUGAUGCUCAUUCACCUUUUAAUUUAAUUUUGUCAAGAUGUUGCAAUGCAAUGAUCUUUUAUUCAUUUUUUGCUUCUAAUGAUAAGCAAUUUUCUCUUCA